AUGUCGAUGCUGACCCGAACUGGUACAACUAUCAGGAAACACCGAAGGCGGCAGAGCGGAAAAAGUCGAAGAGGGUCGGCACCGACGAUACUCCUGCCCAGCUCAGCCCCACCCGUCACACCAGUUUCAUUCAACAUAGACGUUAACGAAAAUGCUCUGCUCAACUUACAAACUUCACCUGCGAAGAGUGUGUCGUUUACGCUAGAGAAGGGCUACUCGCCGAUUCCGAGCAGUGCCAGUCGAGAAGUUGAAGUGGUACCGGAAAUAAAGCCUGCAUACGGCACAGCGGGCUCAGAUCUGUUUGCCGGAGACCUACCACGUGACCGGAGUUAUUCCUUCAUUACCACAUUACAGGAUGCCAACCUGGAAGCUGAUGGAGCUUGCGACUUUGUCAACAAAGGCUUUUUUAUACUUGGAAACACACGUCUCUUCACUCUCUUCAUCGGGUUGAUGAUCUCUUUUCCACUGGCCAUGAUAACGGCUGGUGGAAAAUAUCUGGAGGAGUGUCCGAAGGAACCGAAAAUCCCAAUCUACCUGUUGGUUGGCGGUUGUUUCGGGCUGAUUAAGUUGCUGUUCCUGAUGUGGCGGCAGGCACGUCAUGGUUACGACGAUAAUCUAGACGAAAUCGUAAUGGACGCGGACACUGGCGAUGUCAUGGCGAUAUGGCGGAUGACAAACAUCUCCCUCUCAUUGUUUCUCUCUAUUUGGUUCAUUCUGGGAAACUAUUGGGUCUUCAGCAUAUGGAUUCCCAAAUUCAAGGCACCUCUGCACGACCCACAGAACUGGUGCGAAAAACAUGUGUUCAUGUUUGCCUUUUGGCAAAUCGUCGUGUGCUACGGCUUAAUGGGCGUUUUCUUGCUUUUAUGUUUUUUCUUCUCCUGUUGCCACUGGAUACUACGGUGUUUGUCAUCAUCAGCUGACAGUUUUUGUUAG